AUGGCGGCCGCAGACGUAGCUCCGCAUUUCGGAGCAGAGUUAAAGGAUUCCUUCAAACCAGUUAACAGUUGGGUAUCGAAUGGUAUAUCAUGGGUGGACGAGAUACACCAAUUCUACCGCGAGCGCAGUGCCAUUGAGAAGGAAUACGCAUCCAAGUUAACGGCCCUGUGCAAGAAGUACUAUGACCGCAAGUCGAAGAAGAUCAGUCCCUUGAGUGUAGGAGAUACACCCACCUUGACUCCCGGCUCCCUCGAAAGCGCAUCGCUCACUACAUGGACUACACAAUUGAACGCCGUGGAAGCUCACGCCGCCGAACGAGACAAGUUUGCCCAAGAAUUGGUAGUGCAGGUGGCGGAUCCUCUGAAACAAGCUGCCACCCAAUAUGAAGAGAUUCGCAAAUGCCAUGUUGAAUACCAUGGCAAGUUAGAAAAGGAACGGGAGGCAGCAUACGGUGAUCUCAAAAAAGCGAAGGGCAAAUACGAUGGCGCAUGCCAGGAGGUUGAAUCUCGCAGAAAGAAAAUGGAGACCGCUUUUGAUCAUGGCAAGGGCAAAGCACAAGCAGCAUAUCAACAACAAAUACUGGAGAUGAACAACUAUAAGAACCUCUAUCUCAUCGGCAUCAAUGUGACCAAUAAGCUCAAGGAGAAGUUUUACCAUGAAUAUGUCCCUGAAGUGAUCGAUGGUUUACAAAAUCUCAAUGAAACACGAGUCGCAAAAAUGAACUUGAUGUGGUCGCUCGCCGCCCAGCUUGAAAAGUCAUCUCUUACAAAUAGCACGCAGCACAUGGCUAAUCUUCUUGUCGAAAUUCCUCGCAACAAUCCUCGUCUGGACUCCUUGAUGUUCCUCCAGCACAAUGUGACUCAAUCACAAGAACCUCCAAACCUAGAAUUUGAGCCGAGUCCAGUAUGGCACGACGAUGCUGCAAUCAUCGCCGAUGAGCCAGCCAAGGUCUUCCUGCGCAACGUCCUGAGUAAAAGCAAAACUCAAAUCCGCGAACUACGAGUUGAGUCAGACCGGAAGAAGCGCGAGGUCGAAGGAAGCAAGAAAAUACGGGAAAAUAUUCAACAAGGCAAAGAUAAUCGAAACGAGUUAGAUGUCGUGCGGUCCAUUUUCUUCAUUCAAGAAUCCUUGCACGAGGUUGAUUGCAAAUGGGUCACAGCCGAGGUAGAAACGGCAACUAUCAUUGCAGUGGCUGGAGAUUUGUCAUUGGGGGCCCAGAACCACAAUUUCCGCUCUCAGACAUUCAAGAUCCCAACCAAUUGCGAUCUUUGUGGCGAGCGAAUCUGGGGCCUGUCCGCGAAGGGCUUUGAUUGCAGAGAUUGUGGCUACACCUGCCAUAGUAAAUGUCAAAUGAAGGUGCCUGCGGAGUGCCCGGGCGAGCAAAGCAAGGAAGAGAAGAAGAAACUCAAAGCCUUGCGACAGGAACAGGCUGGUGCCAUACCUGUUGUGGAUGUCGGCACCCCUACAGCUUCCACUACAACCCCGUCCCUGACGCGACAGAAUACAAUGAACUCUCUUAGCUCGGGAUAUGCGGCCAGUACGACUCGCUCGAUAUCGAACAUUGCUACCCAGUCCACAGCAGAAAGCCCAGAGGAUCCCCCGGCUCUUGUUGCGGAGGCAAAGCCAAAGCCAACUGUCGCAGCAAAGAGGAACCGGGUGCUAGCACCACCUCCGACAGCAUACAUGACUGCACCUCCGCCGAGCGACUUGGGCUCGAAGCCCAAAGAGCCACGAGGUAAGAUGCUAUACGCAUAUCAAGCCGGCGGCUCAGAUGAGGUCAGCGUGGAAGAUGGGGACGAAGUGGUGAUCCUCCAACCAGAUGAUGGUUCUGGAUGGCUGCGUGUGCGCUCAGGAGCCAAUGAAGGACUUGUCCCGGCCGCAUAUGUCGAAGCCGCCCCAACACCAUCCCCUGUGCCGUCCGCUAGUCCCAGCAUGCCUGAGCGACCUGGGUCAACGUACUCUAAUUCCUCAUCAUCCCUGGCUGGAAGCGCCGCACCCAAGCGUGUAGGACCAGCCGUCGCGCCCAGACGAGGAGCCAAGAAAUUGCAAUACGUCGAGGCACUGUAUGAGUACGAAGCUCGCAGCGAUAUGGAGUGGAAUAUGUUAGAGGGUGACCGCUUUGUUCUUAUCAACCGGGAUAGUGGUGAUGGAUGGGCUGACGUCGAACGGGGUGGUGUUACGAAGAGCGUGCCGGCGAACUACAUCCAGGAGGUGUAG